AUUGUCAGAACGGAACUGUAUAGAAAUUGUGACUAAACUGAUUGCGGAAAAGCAGUUGGAAGUAGUACACACACUUGAUGGAAAAGAGUAUGUCACUCCAGCACAGAUUAGUAGGGAGAUCCGGGAUGAGCUUCAUGUUUGUGGUGGUCGUGUAAACAUUGUUGACUUACAACAGGUAAUAAAUGUGGACCUUCUGCACAUUGAAAACAGAGCUAACGACAUCGUUAAAUCUGAGAAAACCAUUCAGCUUGUACUGGGACAGCUUAUAAAUGAGAGUUACCUGGAUCAGUUAGCAGAAGAAAUAAAUGAUAAACUACAGGAAACCGGACAGGUGACAAUAUCGGAACUCUGCAAGGCAUACGACCUUCCAGGGGACUUCCUGAUACAGGCAUUAUCCAGGCGUUUGGGUAGAAUUAUUCAUGGACAACUAGACCAGGAAAACCGUGGGGUGAUUUUUACAGAAGCCUUUGUGUCCCGGCAUCGAGCACGCAUUCGUGGUCUCUUCACUGCGAUUACUCGGCCUACACCUGUAAGUAACUUGAUCACUCGGUAUGGAUUUCAAGAACAUUUACUUUACUCUGUGCUAGAAGAACUUGUUAACACUGGACGUCUAAAAGGCACCGUGGUUGGUGGGAGACAGGAUAAGGCUGUGUUUGUUCCAGACAUCUAUGCCAGGACACAGAGCAACUGGGUGGAUUCCUUUUUCAAGCAGAAUGGUUACUUAGAAUUUGAUGCGUUGUACAGACUUGGCAUCCCUGACCCAGCAGGCUAUAUUAAAAAAAGAUACAAGUCCACACGACUCUUAUUUCUGAGAGCAGCUUGUGUUGGUCAAGAAAUUGUAGAUCAAGUUGAAGCCUCUGUAGAGGAAGCCAUCAGCUCUGGAAACUGGAUAGAUGUAGCAACUCUCCUGCCCAGCUCAUUGUCAGUAGAAGAUGUUGGGAUUUUGCUUCAGCAAGUGAUGAGAUCUUUAAAUAAAAAUUCUUCAGGUUUAGUCUUCAGUGACACCAUUGUGGUCAGUGAGAAGUUUCUAAGCAGCUGUGCUGAUCUAUUUUCUGAUAUGAUGCAACAGAAAGCUGAAAAGGAAAUGAAAAAUAACCCUGUUAAUUUAAUCACUGAAGAAGAUUUAAAACAGGCUUCUGGUUUAGAGAAUUCGUAUGCUAAUAAAAAAGACAAAAAGGAUGAAAGAAGAAAGAAAGCAACAGAGGGCAGUGGAAGCGUGAGAGGAGGAGGAGGUGGUAAUGCUAGAGAGAUCAAGAUUAAGAAAACCAAGAAGAAAGGAAGAAAGGAUGCUGACAGCGAUGAAGAGUCACAAGCAACGAGCACAGGUAGGAAUAAGCAGCCGGAGUUCCCUUUCAUGUCACAAGAGGAAAUUGAGGAUGUUUUGAAGACCCACAUGCAGGAUUGCCCUGAAGAGCUUAUUACAGAACUUGCUGAACAUUUAAUAAGACCUUUAACAAAAACUUAUCAGGAAGUUGUGCGUUCUGUUUUUACGUCUUCAACAUCUUCCUCUGGAGCUAGCAGAAGACAGACUAUGAAGGACUUGCAGGAGGAAUUCUCAAACUUGUACAACAACAUUCGGUUAUUUGAAAAGGGAACAAAGCAUUUCACAGAUGAGACUCAGAGUAACCUUGCCAAACACCUGUUGAAGACUGUCUGUACAGACAUUACAAAUCUUAUUUUCAACUUCCUAGCAUCUGAUUCAAUGAUGACAACAGAAAAUUAUUCUACAAUCACAAGUGAGGUCCGGACCAAGAUUUUAGGUAAAUUGCCAGAAGACACCAAAGGUCCUUUAACUAAACUGCAUACUUCUCUGAAUGGCAAGAGUGUAGAAGAUUUUCUUUCAUGCCUUGAUUCUGCAGUGGAUAUUUGUGGUAUUAUGAUGAAAAAAGGAGACAAAAAGAAGGAAAGGCAAGUCCUGUUUCAGCAUAGGCAAGCUCUGAUUGAACAGCUAAAAGUCACAGAAGAUCCAGCUCUUGUUCUGCACCUGACAUCAGUACUGUUAUUUCAGUUUUCAACCCACUGUAUGCUUCAUGCACCAGGAAGAUCAGUACCACAGAUCAUUAAUUUCCUAAGUGGCAAGAUCCCAGAGGAUCAGCAUUCUCUGUUAGUCAAAUACCAGGGAUUAGUAGUGAAACAAUUGAUCAGACAGACUAAGAAAACUGAACAUGGAGACGGUGACACAACAGAUAACCUGGAGGAGGAGGAAGGAGAAGAUACCAUUCGAAAAGAGCUCCAGGAAAUCACUACCUCUAUCAAAGAUCUUGUCCUCAGACCUAGGAAAUCUUCUGUAACAGAGGAAUAAAAUUAUUAUUCAGUUCAUCCACAUCCAUGAUACAGUCAGAUUUUAUUUUUUUAAUCCUGAAGAGAAGGAAAGCAGAAAAUGCUUGACAAACUUUAAAAUUUGGCUUCUAACAAUUGCAAACCACAGCCAGGGAACACGGUUGUUGGGUGAUGGUGACAAAUGGAGUUUUGUUAUGUACUACUACAGUGUACGUGUAACACACAUUAAAAGUAGAUGUGACAGAGCACAGUUGUGGACACCCUGGGUAUGAAAUUAGUGAGUUUUAAUUGGCUUCUUCAUGUGAGGUGUCAAGAAAUUAUU